AUGUCGAUCGCCACCACGGUCGAGCAGCCUCUCCUGAGGGCUGCUCCGACUGUCCCAUGGCCUUCAGGAACCGCCUCUAGAAACCUCACAGCUGUGAUCGUCGCUCAAGACUACGGAUAUGUUGAUACACUAGACAACGUACCAUCCAACAUCCGUGGAAGAAUACCCAGGCAAAUCAAAGAUGGUGAACGUCUGAUGAUAUGGAAGGACGAAAUGGGCUACCUGUUCGGCCGGAAUCCACGCAAUGACGAUGUGCUGGUCUUGAUAUUCAAAGGAGCUUUGCAGAUACCUGUUGUUUUGCCUAGCAGUAUCAUUAUCGAAGGAAAGCCCUUUCGCGAUCUCUUGCAGCAAACGAUUGACCAACUUGGCAUUACAAGCGCACCACCGGCUGUGUCGAUUCAGAGUGGUCCUAGCGACCAGCCUUUGCAAAGUUUCAUACGAUCCUUCUUCUCGUCAUUAUCAGUGCAACAGGGAUCUCUACGGUCGCUGGGACUGCGUCAAACCGAGAUCGAUGAGCUUUUCACUGGGAGCAACUACAACACUAGCCUUCAUGGAAUAUUGGAUGCUAUCAUUCCCCAAGUUCGACAGACUAUACAGAAUGGAAGAUUUUCUCUACAAGAUAUUCUUGGUCUCCGCCACGCAACAGCCUCUUGGCCAGGCAAUCGACCAUGCAUUUAUGUGCGAAUCUAUACCGACCCCGAGGAUCGGCCAGAAAUUGAAUCCAGUGAGGGGCAACAGACUGAUAUAGAUCGGUACGUGGGGAUAUACGUCGGUCAAGCCAGACGUGUCUGGGUGCGCCAUCUACAGCAUGAGAAUAGAAUCGACAACUAUGUUCCCACGUGCGGACAGACACACUACAGGACUGCUUCAAAGUCACUACCUGAAGACCGACACACGAUCCCUUUGCUGGUUUUUGAAGAUAUAUCUGUUUCCAACAUGGUGCUGAACAUGGCUGAGCAGGUGAUGAUUGCCUCCUUCAAAAGCCAAAUGCGAUGGACUUUUGUCAAUCAACCAGAGCUUGCCUUCCAUCAACUGAUGCAACGCCGUGCUCGUUUCAUAUCCAACACAGCCAGAGCAGUUUGCCAGCAGAUAGGCUGGCCUGAACUGGCCCCCCAAGGGCUGAACGGAUCAUCUCCAUUGUUUGAAGAGCGAUCCAGAAACCAUGUUCAUUGCAUACCGAUGGCGACAAGUGGCGGUCCGUUUGCCAGGGUAUUCACAACAUACCGAAUGCAAAAGUCCCUGGCCGACUGUCACGCUGCCCUGACUGUCCAGCCAGGGGACCGGUUUUGGAGAAAGGAAAUCAAUCUCCUUCUGAAAAAAGCCGAUGGGACACAUGAUGAUAUUAAACUUUCAAUGGCUCUUGAUCGUCAGGGCAUUACCGGGCCGAACCAUGACGUCAAAAGGGGAUUUCUGGUUGCCGAGAUAAUGAAUGACAUACAGCCCCAUCCCAAAGCCUACGUUGGAUGUCCUAGUGUCGGACCUUUUCAGAAUUUCCUUGAAGGAUCCCGUAUAGCCCUUCGAUUUGAAUGGCAGGCAGACGGUCAAUGGUAUACAGUGUACCUCCAACGCCGAAAACUAAAUCUUUCUCCCCCGCCGACACGUUCUUACGAUACCGAAGUGGUCAUAGAGCCAUACAGGGCUGCUAUGAAAAUGAUCCAGGCCUUCGAGGGAACUGUGUAUACUGAACCUCUCAACGGGUUUCCACAAUCACUUACAAUCGGGAACGUCCAGAUACUCCAGACUGACCACCUCAAUCAGAGUUACCGUUGGGUUUCUCAACAACGAGUUACCCGUCCAGCCCCAGCCCGAGCAAGCUGGGACUUUAAUUUUAACCUUAUGGUUAGGAAUUUCGGCAAUGAAUUGUUCGAGGAAUUUUCCAAUCAACGGGUUACCUUUGUUGGGCCCUCUAACCCUUUGACUGCCGGUCAUGGCGCAAUGAACUGGGACAAGGAGGACUACAGAAAUGGGAUGCGAGUGUCGGAUGUUAAGUGCGACACAUGUACCGUCAUCCCCUGGGUUCUUUUGAACGGCCAUACUUUUAAUUGUGUUAGGGAUGAAUCUAGAACCGAUGUCUGGGUUUGCAAGAAUUGCUCGUUGUUCAACAGACCCUGCACUUUUACUCCAUUGAGUCGAUUGAAACAACUUUUUCAUGGUACUUCUACUGUCAACGGUGCAGAUACGAUAGCCCACCUGAGAGGCCCUUUCAGGUUCUUGUCUUUCCACCACACUAUGAGUUCUCAGGAGCUUGGUGAAGUUUUUGAGGUUUCUGAGCCUUUGUUCGAGAGGUUCGAAGGUUCUGAAGUUGAGGAUGUAGACUAUGAAGAGGAUACUUGA